UAGUAUCUGAAGUCCAUAUAUCUCCUGGUGUUCUUCUGGAGCACUCUGUGCCUUCUUCCUGUGUGGUUCCUUCUGACUCAUUCAGUUUAUCAAGUGAUAAUGUGGCAACAACUGUCCAAACAGCUAACAAUGUUACAAACCCAGUCCUUCUUGAAGAACAGAUUCAAGCAGAUAUUCCAGUUGCCUCUUUGAAUGUAAUUGAAGACAAGACUUCAGUUACACCAAGUGUUGCUGUGGUUGAUGCUGAGACACAGAGAACAAAUGAACCGAAGAGCCACCUUGAACAAGCUGUUGCAAACCUAGAAAUCAAGCUUUGCACUGCUGAAGAAGAAAAAUUGAAAAUUAAAAAGGAAUUAGAGUAUUUACUUGAAAACCACAGUGUUCUAGAAAUGGAUUUCUUGAAGGAAAAGAAAGAAAAAGUAAUUUCACAUCAAGAUCAUUACAAGACUCUCCAGGAAAAGCAUAAACAGGAGUUAGAAGACAUGAGAAAAGCUGGACAUGAAGCCUUGAGUAUUAUUGUUGAAGAAUUCAAGGCACUGCUGCAAUCUGCAGUUCAACAGCAAGAAGCAGCUAUUGAAAAACAGUACAUACUAGAAAUUGGAAAACAUUCUCGCAAAUGUGAAGAACUUCUUAAUGUUCAGCAUCAGCGACUUCUUGACAUUUUGGAAGCAGAGAAGGAAGUGUUGUCAGGAAAGAUAGAAGAAGCUUUGAUGAAGCAGUCACAAAAACACAAGGAAGUGCUUGACAAAUGUUUAGAUGAAGAAAGACACAGAAGCAGGGAGGCUGUGGCAGCGGCUGUAAAGGCUGAAAAAGAAGUACUACAGGAGGCUAUUCUGAGAGCAGUAGAGGAGGAAAGGAGAAAUAUGGAGAAGAUUCGUGCAGAAGAAAGAAAAAAGUGGGAAGCAGAAUGUGACAGACAUAAAGAGUAUAUUGCUCAGGCUGUUCAGGAAGCCAUGCAAGAGGAAAGAAGACGUAAUCAAGAAAUUGUCAAGGAAGCAUUAAUGGAGGAGCAAAAACGAGGUGAAAGGGCAGUUGAAGAAGCAGUGAAGAGGACAAGAGAAGAACUGAUGAAAUAUAUUCAAGAGCAGAAAAGGAUGAACUUUAUUGUGCAGUUUUCAUGCACACAAAGGUCAUUAACUUUUUCUCUCAACCUGUAUUAUAUGACAGCCUGA